AUGAUUAAGCUCGCCAGGUUAUUAGUCGGGGGUAUUUUAUUGUAUAUUAAAUACGUUUCGGGGAUGAUGUCGAUGGGUGGAAUGGGAAUGGGUGGUAUGGGGUACGGGGGAUCCGGAAUGGGUUACGGUGGAGGUAUGAACCUCUUCGGGGGUAGCGAAUCCAGUGGCGGUUCCUUCGGACAGGGUAAAAAAAUGUUCGACGAUAUUUUUUUCAAAAAAGGUUUCGGUAGCCAAGAGGGAGGUUUCGGAAUGGGUCAAUCCGGAUACGGAAGCGACGACGUUUUAGUGAAAGACGUUAAAGGGGAGAUGGGGUUUCACGGUGGUCACCAUGGGGGGAAAAAUAUAAUGUCAGACGGAAAAGGGUAUUUUGGUACCAAUCAUAUUGGCCAUGAAGGUUUGUAA